AUGAUGUUCCACAGAUUAUUCAUGAUUGUGCUAAUCUCAGUGUUUGUGAGUCAUACAGCAUUUGGUCAUUUUGGCUUUGUUACUGAUGAUAAUGCUGCAGCACCAAGUGACAUGUGCGCCACCUUUGUGACUAUUCAUGGUUAUAAGUGCCACGAAUAUGAGGUGACUACUGAUGAUGGAUACAUACUGAGUGUGCAAAGAAUUCCGGAAGGCCAAGUAGGUGGUAGCGGGCAGAACAGGCAGCCAGUUUUAUUACAGCAUGGAAUACUGGUGGAUGGAGUAACGUGGGUAAUGAAUUCAGCAGAACAAUCACUGCCAAUGAUUUUAGCAGACAGUGGCUUUGAUGUUUGGAUUGCCAACACCAGAGGAACAAGAUACAGUCUUCGUCAUCUUAAUCUUCAUCCUUAUAAUGGCGACUACUGGAAUUGGUCAUGGGAUGAUCUUGUAGCCCAUGACUUACCCACUGUCGUUAACCUUGUCUAUGAGCAAUCUGGACAGAAAAUUCACUACGUCGGCCAUUCAUUGGGAACUUUGAUAGCUUUGGCAUCAUUCUCACAAGGAAAACAAGUAGACAAGAUAAAAUCAGCAGCUUUGCUCAGCCCAAUUGCUUACUUGAGCCAUAUGACCACAGCACUUGGUGUCGUUAUGGCUAGAUCCUUUCUUGGCGAGAUCACAACUAUAUUUGGUCUUGCAGAAUUUAAUCCAACAAGUGCACCUGUGUCUAUUUUUAUCAAGUCCUUGUGUGCUCAGCGUGGGAUUAAUUGCUAUGACUUCCUCACAGCACUUACCGGGAAGAACUGUUGUCUAAAUGCCUCCACAAUCGAUGUUUUCUUGAAGAACGAGCCUCAACCUACAUCGACUAAGAAUUUUGUGCAUUUGGCUCAAACUGUUAGAGAUGGAAUCCUUAGGAAAUACGACUAUGGGGGCAUUAUCAAUAAUUUGGCACAUUAUGGUGAAGCUCAACCUCCACAGUAUAAUUUGGGAAAUAUCCCUCGAGACCUUCCCCUGUUUCUCAGCUAUGGAGGCCAAGAUGCACUUUCUAAUACUAAAGAUGUGGAGACAUUACUCGAUCUCCUCAAAUACCACGAUGUCGGCAACUUACAUGUUCAAUAUGUCAAGGAUUUUGCUCAUGCUGACUUCAUUAUAGGAACUACUGCUAAGGAUAUUGUCUUUAACCAAAUUGUCACCUUCUUUAGAAACCAACACUAAGCUACAUAUAUUGAUGGGAGUUUUUGUAUUGUACUAGGUCA